AUGGCUACGGCGACAGUGAAUCUUCUUACAGAUAGAGAUGAGAAAAUCGAAAUCGAUGUUUUGAUAGUCCCAACUAUUGCAGUGCCGUUAUCAAACAUUCAAAAGGAAGUGAAGUCAUUGAGUUAUCUCCGGGGACUUAAGUUGGCUCACCCAGUGACUGAUGCUGAAAGUUUUGACAUUUCAUUACUGAUUGGUGCGGAUUCAUACUGGAAAAUAGUGUUGAAUCAUGUCGUCAGGGGCAACGGACCUACUGCCGUGAAGUCGAAAAUCGGAUGUCUGCUUUCCGGUCCGUUACCCGGCAAAACACAACAACCAUCCGCUCAGUACAUGUUGAAUGUCAUCACAACUCCGCCGACGACUCUGGACUUGGAGCGCUUUUGGAAGCUUGAGUCCAUCGGAAUCACACCGGAAGGAGACGAUACUUCCGGUUCCCGUAACCUGAAGACCUACAUGGAAUCUAACAUAUCAUAUGACGAGGGUCGCUACAUCGCCAAGCUUCCAUGGAAAGAUGACCAUCUGCCGUUGCCGACCAAUUAUGACGUUAGCGUGAGACGUACAGAAAACUUGAUCAAGCGGUUGCAAAAAGGACCAUUCAUGUUGCAAAAAUACGGUGAAAUUAUUCGUGAACAAGGAGAUCGGGGAUUUAUUGAAGAGGUAGAUACAAACGUUAAAAACGAUCAUCCCAUUCAUUACAUUCCCCACCAUGGAAUUAAAAAGGACUCAGUCACCACCCCAUUACGUAUUGUAUACGAUUGCAGUUGUCGUCAAUGUGAUGAUAAACCUAGCCUAAAUGACUGCCUACAAUCAACACCGCCGGAACUGAACGACUUAGCCGGUAUACUUAUGCGUUUCCGGUUGAAUAGAUAUGCGAUUACAACAGACAUCGAGAAGGCAUUUCUUCACGUUUCGCUGGACGAGAAAGACCGGGACGUCACGAGAUUUCUAUGGCUGAGUGACCCAAGUGACCCCGACUCCCCGCUGACCACAUACAGGUUCAAGGUCGUGCUGUUUGGGGCUACGUGUUCUCCAUUCAUCCUGUGCGCAACCAUCAUCAAGCAUCUAGAAAACAACAGUGGCAACUGGGUGAGUAACCACUUACUGAGAGAUAUCUAUGUGGAUAACAUAAUAUCUAGCUUUUCGCAGGAACGAAACGUCGUUGACUUCUUCAGAGAUACACGUGAAUUGAUGUCUGCCGCCAAUUUCAACCUACGCUCCUGGAAUUCCAACAGCAGUAUCGUGCGUGAAAUGGCCAAAGUUGACCAUGUACUUGACAACGAUGGAGCUUCGAAAGUUCUUGGUAUGCGAUGA